AUGCUGGACACGACGGACGACAUCGCGGAGGGGAUAUCGUUCCAGGCGUUCGAGGAUGACUGCCGCCUCCUCGCCACCCUCCUCCACGACGUCCUCCUCCGCGAGCUCGGCCCCCGCUUCAUCCACAUCCUCGAGCGCAACCGCAUCCUCGCGCAGAGCGCCGUCUCCAUGCGCGCGGCGGGGAUGGAGGACACGGCGGCCGUCGUCGAGCGCCAGCUGGAGGCCGACCUGGCCGCCAUGCCCCUCGAGGACGCGCUCUGCGUCGCCCGGGCCUUCUCGCACUACCUCAACCUCAUGGGCAUCGCGGAGACCCACCACAGGGUUCGUAAAGCACGAAACGUAGAAAAACUCUCAAAAUCAUGUGAUGAUAUAUUCGACAAGCUGAUUCAAAGUGGUGUCCCUCCGGAACAACUAUAUGACACUGUUUGCAAGCAGGAGGUUGAAAUUGUUCUGACAGCUCAUCCCACCCAAAUAAAUCGGCGAACUUUGCAAUACAAGCACCUUAGAGUAGCUCAUCUUUUGGAGUUCAAUGCACGCCCUGAUCUUAGCCAUGAGGAUAAAGAAAUGCUAAUUGAGGAUCUGGUAAGGGAAAUCACAGCAAUAUGGCAGACAGAUGAGUUGAGGCGCCAUAAACCUACACCAGUUGAUGAAGCAAGGGCUGGUCUUCAUAUCGUGGAGCAAUCCCUUUGGAAAGCGGUACCACACUAUCUUCGCCGUGUUAGCAGUGCUCUAAAGAAGCACACUGGAAGGACACUUCCGCUAACCUCCACACCAAUCAAGUUUGGUUCUUGGAUGGGUGGUGACCGGGACGGGAAUCCUAAUGUUACAGCAAAAGUGACUAGGGAUGUUUCGUUGUUGUCCCGGUGGAUGGCAAUUGACUUAUACAUCAGGGAAUUGGAGAAUCUCAGCUUUGAGCUGUCCGUCAAGAGAUGCAGUGACAAGGUUGCAAACUUGGCUAAUGAAAUUUUGCUCAAAGUGAACCCUACAGAGUCAGCAUCCGAGGACCUAAAGGCCAGCACCUGGAACCAAACAGUACCUCAAAACAACGCAAAACUACAUCAUAACUUGCCGCUACCUGCACAACUUCCUUCUGGUGCUGAUCUUCCUUCAUGUACAGAAUGCAGUGAUGGAGAAUCCCAAUUCAGGAUCAUAAAUCUUCCAAGGAACCGAAGUCGUCCAGGAGCUCUUAAUGUGCCAGAAAAAUUUGAAGACAGUCCAUUGUCAUCUCCUACUGGCCGUCAAUCACAAAUAGGUAGAACUGCAAGUGGCGGUCAACUGAGGAAGUUGUUCAAAGAAUCUCAUAUUGGUCGAUCAAGUAGCUUCCGGAAACUACUUGAGCCAAGCAUAUCAGACAAACCAGGAAUUACUCCUUACAGGGUUGUCCUUGGUAAUGUGAAAGAAAAGCUGGUGAAGACACGCAGAAGACUCGAACUUCUUCUUGAGGAUUUACCGUGUGACUAUGACACUGAAGAAUAUUGUGAAACAUCAGAUCAAGUUUUGGAGCCCUUGCUCUUGUGCUAUCAAUCACUGGAAUCAUGUGGAUCUAGCGUGCUUGCUGAUGGCCGGUUAGCAGAUUUGAUACGAAGGGUUGCAACCUUUGGUAUGGUGCUAAUGAAGCUCGAUGUGCGCCAGGAAUCUGGUCGACACACAGAAGCACUUGAUGCCGUCACAUCUUACUUAGAUCUUGGUGUUUAUAGUGAGUGGGAUGAAGAGAAGAAGUUGGAUUUCUUGACUAGAGAGCUGAAAGGGAAGCGUCCUCUUGUUCCUCCAAACAUAGAGGUUGCUGCUGAUGUGAAAGAAGUUCUGGACACCUUCAAAGUUGCUGCAGAAUUAGGAAGCGACUCACUUGGAGCAUAUGUGAUCUCAAUGGCCUCAAAUGCAAGUGAUGUCCUCGCUGUUGAGCUGUUGCAGAAGGAUGCAAGACUUACAGUUAGCGGGGACCUAGGAAGGCCAUGUCCUGGUGGAACGUUAAGGGUUGUUCCUUUGUUCGAGACCGUGAAAGAUUUGCGGGAAGCCGGCUCAGCAAUCAGGAAGCUGCUAUCCAUCGACUGGUACAGGGAGCACAUCAUCAAGAAUCACAACGGCCACCAGGAGGUCAUGGUGGGCUACUCAGACUCCGGCAAGGACGCCGGGCGCUUCACGGCCGCAUGGGAGCUCUACAAGGCUCAGGAAGACGUUGUUGCCGCGUGCAACGAGUUCGGGAUCAAGGUGACGCUCUUCCACGGCCGUGGCGGCAGCAUCGGCCGCGGCGGCGGUCCGACGUACCUGGCCAUCCAGUCGCAGCCGCCGGGCUCAGUAAUGGGCACACUCCGGUCGACGGAGCAAGGCGAGAUGGUGCAGGCCAAGUUCGGCCUGCCGCAGACCGCCGUCCGCCAGCUGGAGAUCUACACGACGGCGGUGCUGCUAGCGACGCUGCGGCCGCCGCAUCCGCCGCGCGACCCCAACUGGCGGCACCUGAUGGAGGAGAUCUCCCGCGUGAGCUGCGCGCACUACCGGCGCACGGUGUACGAGGACCCGGAGUUCAUCACCUACUUCCAGGAGGCGACGCCGCAGGCGGAGCUGGGGUUCCUCAACAUCGGCAGCCGGCCGGCGAAGCGCAAGCCCGCGGGGGGCAUCUCGAGCCUGCGCGCCAUCCCCUGGGUGUUCGCGUGGACGCAGACGCGGCUGGUGCUCCCGGCGUGGCUGGGCGUCGGGGCGGGGCUGCAGGACGCGCUGGACCGGGGCCACGGCGGGGAGCUCCGCGCCAUGUACGCGGAGUGGCCCUUCUUCCAGAGCACGCUGGACCUGAUCGAGAUGGUGACGGCGAAGGCGGACGCGCCCAUGGCGGCGCACUACGAGGAGAUGCUGGUGGCCCGGGAGCGGCGCGCGGUGGGCGGCGAGCUGCGGCGGGAGCUGGCGCGCACGGAGCGGUGCGUGCUGGCGGUGAGCGGGCACAGCAAGCUGACGGCGCACAACCGGAGCCUGCGGCGGCUGAUCGAGAGCCGCCUCGCGUACCUCAACCCCAUCAACAUGCUGCAGGUGGAGGUGCUCCGCAGGCUCCGCCGCGACGACGACAACCGCAGGCUCCGCGACGCGCUGCUCAUCACCAUCAACGGCAUCGCCGCCGGCAUGCGCAACACCGGCUGACGCCGCCUGCCUCGUCUUGUUGUUUAGCGGCGCCGAAGCUUUCCCGGAUUUUGUUAGA